AUGAGAAAGAAGGAAAAGAUUGGUGUAGCCUUUGCCAUGAGCUUGGGUAUAUUUGCCGGCGCAGCCGCAAUCGUCAAAACCUGCUACCUAGUGAAGCUUUCAGAGAAGGCUGACUUUACCUGGGAAAUGACCCCGUUGCUCAACUGGGCCGCGGUCGAGUGUGCCCUUGCCAUUAUUGCCGGCGCGAUUCCGACCUUGAAACCGCUCCUCACAAAAGUCUUCCCAACGUCAACCUCGCAAGAAAGCUACAACAUGCUCCCGCCGCGCGCAACCUACGAGAAGAGAAGGAUUAAAUUCGACACCUCAAUCUAUGCCACGCAGACCGACCCUGCGACAAAAACGCGCGAUAACAGCAGCCAGCAGUCGAUUCUCCCAGCUGCGCAAGACAACAAGAUCAACCUGACCACAGAGGUCUCUGUGUCAUACAAGGCCAACGCCCCUAACGAUAGCGUCUGAGCUGCGAGGGUCAAAAGUGGUCUGUGGAUUUCGGGUAUUAGAUUCGAUUGCAUGUGGCGCUGGAAACUAUUUCCGCAAUUAAUGGGAUUUUUAGUUGGAUAUACCAACUAAUAAAAGCACGGAAUCGCCUCAGUUUCGGUUACCUUGUGAUACUUCCAAAAGAAUCCAUGAUUUCAUAUUGAAAGUCCUCGCUGUGUCCUCUUACUAUCAUAUAUAUCAUCCGGCUCA